CUUCAGAUAGCGGCGGGGAAGGGGGGGAAGGGGCGAUUGUCUGUCAGCGUCGGGGCUCGGAAAGACACCGGCCAAGAUGGCUCAGGCCCUUCGCCUGCCCCCGCGGCCAGUGACGUCAGCGUUGCGGGGAGGAGAGCCUGUUCCAGCGGCCCGUCUCUCCUUCGCCUUCAAGCGAAAGCAGAGGCAAUUUGCUGACGGGCUUGGGCUUGCGCUUGCGCAGUACAGAAGGCAGGUCUGCCACAAGCGCGGGCGGAGAAGGCUUUCGGGCCGGGCCAUGGCAGAGGCGCCGAGGGAUGAUGAUGAUGGCGGCGGUGGGAGCGGCUCCCGGGCCCAAGAAGAAGAGGCGAUCAGCGCGGGGGAAUACUCCAGGCGCGUGCAUCAAUGGCUCUGGGACUCGUACUGCGGCUACCUCAGCUGGCAGAGCGGCCUGGCCGCACUCAUGGCCGGAGCCGCGAACGCGGCGGCUUCGGUCCCGCCCCCCGGCGCCUAUUUCUACAGCAGCAGCAGCAGCCCCUGCUAUCACCUCCUGGCCACCUCUCCUGCCCCCGAGGCCGGCUCCGCUCCGGCCCGCGAGAUCACGGCUUGGCCGCCGCCCGCAGUUCGACACGGGCCCCCGGCCCAGCGCCCCACUCCUCCCACCGUCACUGCCCCCGCCGGCAGUUCCCGGCGGGAGCCUGGCCGACCAGCAGGUCGUGAAUACAUAAUCCCAUCUUUGGCUCAUCGAUUUAUAGCAGAGAUGGUGGAUUUCUUUAUUCUUUUCUUUAUCAAGGCGUCAAUAGUUUUGAGUAUUAUGCACUUAAGUGGAAUAAAGGAUAUCUCAAAGUUUGCUAUGCACUACAUUAUAGAAGAAAUAGACGAUGAAACUUCCAUGGAAGACUUGCAAAAGAUGAUGAUAGUGGCCCUUAUCUACAGAUUGCUGGUCUGCAUCUAUGAGAUUAUUUGUAUUUGGGGAGCUGGUGGCGCAACACCUGGGAAAUUUCUGCUAGGCCUUCGAGUUGUGACAUGUGAUACAUCAGUACUUAUAGCGCCAAGUCGUGUAUUGGUGAUUCCAUCAUCUAAUGUGAGCAUAACAACGUCUACAAUACGAGCUUUGAUCAAGAAUUUUUCUAUUGCUUCCUUCUUUCCAGCAUUCAUUACUCUGUUAUUCUUUCAACAUAACAGAACAGCAUAUGAUAUUGUAGCAGGGACUAUUGUAGUAAAAAGGCAUAGUCUCAGAUGAUACUCAAGGACACCUUUAUUCCACUGUUCAAAUAUACUGGAGCCACUUUGCUGGAUUGCUGAAUCUCAGUCAAGAACAGUGCCAAUUACAACAUUGAAUUUGCUUUCUUCCAGAGGUGCAAUAAGUCUCGGGGACCGGUGCUGAACGGAUUUAAGAAUAUUUAAACAGAGCCAGAACGCUCAAAAUCUUCAAAAGUCAUUGGCGGUUUCAAAGGAAUAGUAUUUCUCUUAUGAGAGGAAUACUAAUUCUGCAUCAAAAGAUAGAUUUAUUUUUAUGAACAACUGAACUAUUGUCAUUAUUGGAGCAACCAAAGCAAUUACAGUGUUUUUGAGAGAAAUUUACGGAGAACUGUAUGCUUUUGUUUUGGUGGAUUUGUAAGUGUUUGCUACUUAUAUAGAAGCCUUAUCAUUAAUUGCUCUCACAACCAUUGUAUUUUAAAUACUGAAGAGAUUUCUGUACAUGCAUGAUGUGAGUAUCUUGAACAAAACACAGAUUCAACAUAUCAGAUAUUAUGAAGGCAAGUAAAACUAGUAUUAAUUAACAGGUAAAUACCGAGAGCUUUGGCAGUACUGCUAUAGACAACCAAGACGAGUUCAAUUUAAUCCCUGCUUUGGAUGGUUUAUAAAUUGUUUUAUUACUCUUUUCCCAUCUUUUCCAUAAACUUACUUAAACUUUGGAGUUUUCUAUAAAAGCAUAAAAAAUUUAAAGCUGUAUUUUAUUGUGUAAAACACUUAUUUCAGAUGUAUUUAGCAACAGUCAAACUAAACUUUGAAUAAACCAGAGGAAAUGUAUGCAUAACCUUUUGCACCAUUUUAUAAGAAAAUGAGGUUUCUUAUUUUAAAAUAAAACACACGAUUGCUAAAGCAAUACAAAUAGUGUAAAAAUGUAAAUUGAUACUCUUAUUUUAUCUGCCUGUGUGCCUGGGUCACUUAAAUUAUACUUACUAAAUAAAGCCUAUUUAUUUUGCAUGA